AUGGAUGAGUUUUUCGAGAUCGUAGAUCUUCCAGAUGGAUAUCACAUCUCCGAUCUAAGCGGAGAUGAACGUGCAAUCCAACCUCUAGUUGCCGCCAUGCAGCUGACCGUCUCACAGAACGAAAGAAACAGAAAAGGACCCAUUUUCCAUGCAGAUAUUAAACAAUCAGAUCCAGCAGGUAAGGAUUUUGGUAUGAAUAUCAUCUACGAGAUGUUUUCUCGCGGCCUACCCAACAAACAUCGUAUGAUGUCCUGCGCAAUCUGCGAGAACUUCAUCAGAGACUUCGGAAAUCUUUGCUAUCUCUCCGACGAUGCGACUCUGGUACCAUUGGUAUGGCCAGCAGAAGAUAUUGUCCCAGAUUAUUACAGACAAGCAGUAGCCAAUGUGAGGAAAUUAUUUGAAGGGCGUCCACUUGGUGAAUUGUUUCGAAGUCAUCUCGAGACUGUCGGUCAUUGGUCUGCAUAUUACUCUGCACGAAAAUUUGGCAAACAUGAUGCUUACGGCCAUAUGGAUGUUAAUAUUCUAGGUAAAAGUCGACGGUACUAUGGGCCCUCGCGAUCAGAUGAUCUCGCCAGAAUUCUAGAGAGAAUUAUUGCGGAUAAUGAUGGGAGGACCAUCGCUAGGACACAUAUUUAUCUUACUAAAGAUGUGUUGCCUCAUUCAAAAUUAUACAAACCAUGGAUUGUGUGGCUAAAGAACGCUGCUGCUGCUAUUAAAGUACGUGAUGAUCUCGGACUACAGGGUCGAAAGACCUUGAUUGCUAGAUACGCGUUCCAAGCGGCUAAGGAAUGUUUGCCUUCAUUAUACAAUGGUGCGCUGGCUCAGUUGAUGUUUUCCGUUAGAAUGGGCGAAAAUAUCAUCUCAAUCCAAGCAAAAUGGAUGCAACUAGUAAAUUCUCAAGAUGAGGUAUCACAGGAAGAUUUGGCUCGUACAACGUCAAGGUUAAUUUCGGACUUGGGCUACAACACGACGUGUUUUUAUCGGUCUUUUCUCAAACUUGGCCAGAUUCCAUCAUCUGCAUAUCUUUGGAUUGACUCUUCCAAGCCUUCUGCCAUCCCUAAACCCCUAUUUCGACGUCUCGAUGCAAGAAAACACAGUGUCCCAGCUAUGCAUAGAGAUGCCCUCGACAAGAAACCAAUAGAGAAAAUAUGUUUCCGCAAAUUCUGUUUAGACAUCCUUCCGCAAAUCUCCUCGCUAUCGAUACACAUCACCUCAGAAUCAAAACACGCUGAGAAUUUUCACUUUCUAACCACCGGAUUAGAUGAUCCCACGGGUCGAUCCAAACCAAUAUUCUCAUUCCAAGAACCGGGAAAACAUACCGCGUCCUGGUUUAAAGCUACACAUAUUUCUUCACCUGAAGAAGUCGACCUGUGCGCUGGCUGGGUAAAAGUUAAAUGCAUCGUCUCUUUUCCACACAUGUGGCAUCAUUUUCAAAAUCAGCCGAAUUGCGAGGAUUAUUUCAACCCCAAGAUCGAAAGGGGAUUUGCGCACAAGGAAUUAGGAAUGCGAUUUUUAUUAGUUCUGGAUGGUAUCAAUGAUAUUCAUGGAAAAGGCUCGGAUCUGUCGACAGAGUUGUUGAAUGAAGAGCUGAGGUGUUUUAGUAAGGAGCAAUUGGAGAGCUAUAGGGAUUGGAAAUCUAUGCGUGGUUCUUAUAUUGGUGGUCAUGUGGGUGGUGUUGUGGUUGAGGAGGAGAAGUUUAGGAAGUUGUUGUUGGGUGGCAGGAUGAAGAGUGGUGAGUUUAUGAGAUAUGAUGUUGUUUUGAAUAAGUAUUUUGUGGGAUGA